AUGUCGUUCGUUACCAAAGGUACCGUUUUUAUUGGGUUAACGAUUUCUUUCUAUUUGGCGAUUACAUGGCGUUGCGAAGAUUUAUGUGAUCAAUUAAGAAUGUUUAAUACUCAUGAUGAUUUUAAUGAGAGGAGGAAGUGUUUAUAUCAUUGCAUUUAUUACCAUAACCGAAUUAUUGAACUUGCAGAUUAUAUUAAUGGGCGCAUCGCUUGGGUCACCUUUCCAUGCAUUGUUAGUCACAACAUAAUCAUUGGAAUUGGAUUUUUGGGAAUGAUGACUGGGUUUUCGGUGAUAUCGUCUUUGCCGACUAUAACUUGGAUUGGAGGAUUGUUCAUUGGUUGUUACAUAGGUGAUAAGAGCACUGAAAUAGCAACAGUUGCUUAUGAUCUGGAUUGGUACAAAGAUACCAAGCUAAGAAGGGAUAUCUUAAUAAUGAUUUUGAGGGCGCAAAAGCCCAUCAGAUUGGAAUGCGGGAAAUUCGGGGAAUUAUCAAUGUCCACAUUCAAAAAC